AUGAUUGUGAAUCUGAGUCUUAACAUGUUGGUGGUCCUUGCUGUGACGCGCUUCAAACAAAAACAACCGCCAAUCAAUUACCUUUUCCUCAACUUGGCUUUGUCUGAUAUGUUGGUGGCAACAUCUUUGAUCCCCCAGUACAUUAUCAGACCUGUGUUUACGCUUCCAGACGGAUGGGCUGGCACUUUGCUUUGCAAGCUUUUUGUUGGAGGUUUCACGAUGUGGGUGGCAGGAUGUGCUUCUACUACUAUUCACGUUGUCAUCGCUCUUGAGCGUUUUUACGCCACCCGCUUAGGAAAUCGCGCACGGAAACUUCAAGGAAGAAAGUUGAAGAUGGCCAUUGCAUUGGUUUGGAUUUAUGCUGUGUUAACGGAGCUUCCUCCAUUUUGUGUAAUGACAUAUGAUAAAAGUCGCAAAUCUUGCUUUGAAAAGUGGCCUAAUCAGCUUCAUGGAAAGAUUUACACCGUAUUUACAUUUCUAGUAGAUUUUGCUAUUCCCCUUAUUAUUAUGGCCGCUCUCUACUCUAAAACCUUGAUGGUUUUGUGGGUGGAUUCUAAACGCUCGAAAACUUCAUUAUCGGCAGUGAAGACACGGAAACGAGUUACAAAAAUAGCUAUCAUAGUCACAGUGCUACAUGCCUUAUGUUGGUUUCCAGAUGUGACAUCAUAUCUACUAGUGUAUCAUGUGCCUGGUUUAGUGGAGUAUGGUUCAAUUAUGUACCACGCAUGCGUGAUACCGGUCGCAGUGGGCACAUGUUUGAAUCCGAUUGUUUACGCUUUGCAGAGUUCAAGAUUCAGGAUGCAGAUUAAAAAUAUGGUUCGUUGCUUCAAUGUGAUGAAUUCCAAGAAAGUGUUUGUUCAGUAA